AUGAGGAUUUCAUGAGUCUUAAUGAGGACCCCAAGCCCAUUGGCUGUAUGGAAGAGUAUUGCUAUAUGAAAUGUUGUAGAUCAGGAAACUGCUACAAAAUCCAUCCCCACGGAAGCAUUUCAAAGUUGAUUUUAUACAAAGCUAAAUUCUUAUUGAUUUUUUUAUCAUUGCUGUAGCAAGUAUAAUUCUUUUAUCUAUUCAGAAAUUGCUCAUAUUUGCACACAGUAA